AUGGAGGCUUUGAGGAAACCUGAAGUGCGAGGCCAUCCACCACCUGCUGCCGCCGUCGCCACCCCUGCUGUACCCAUCCAGCCUAGUGCCAAUGCCUCCGACACGGCAGCCGCCAAUGCCAGGAGCCCGCCUGCCCCUUGUCUCACCAGAGCAGAUGUCACUCAAUUGCCCUCCACGCCCCCCCCCCCCCCCUCUAGAAAAGCUCUGCCACCAUCGCCAUCACAUCCACCACCACCACCUCCACCACCCGAACAGGCAGCCAUGCCGACAUGCCAAGCAGGCAACACCCGACGUGUGAAGAGAGAGAGGGGUGGCGGCUAUAUCGACGGGACGGUGCGCUCACUCAGCCCCCAGCGUUCUUUGUUUCUCCUUCCGGCACUUAUCCAAGGCCUUUCACCUCUGUGCACAUGCCUCUCCCUCGCUUCUUCUUAUCCAUACGUAGCUUCCUCCUUCGCACCGCCGUGGAUCUUAUCUGCAAGACAACCUAUAGCGGUUCAUGAGGUGGCGUUUGCUUUCCAAGAACCCGAAAUAGGAGGAGAAAGGGAAAGGGAGAGGCGAGCCGGAGGUUGGGGAGGGAGGAAGGAAGGGAGGAAGGAAGGAGGGAGGGAGGGGAUGGUGAGGAGGAGGAAAGGGGAUUGUAAUUUCACAGCAGUGUCAGAGGAGCCAGCCGAGGCCCUGUCUUUCCAUUGA